UUCAACCCUUCCAAAAAUGUCAGUGUCAUCGCGGUUCGGAAAGAUUUUGUGAAAGUCUUUUUUAAUAAAAAUUUCAACGAAAUUACAUCAAGCAUUCGAAAAUAAAGGUUUUUCGGAAAAAUUGAAAAGCAACAGUUUUUAAAAAUUGAUAUAUUUAGCUGAUAAGUUAAAUUUGCUUAGGAAUCAAUAUGGAGAGUCCAUGCGAAUCAGAAAGUUCAUUAGACGGAGGGGGGUCAAGUUCAAUGUUACCUCCAAGUCCAGUUUCAAGAGAGCAGUUGCAAAAACGGAUAGAAAGUUUAACGCAGCAAAAUAGGGUUCUGAAAGUCGAAUUGGAAACGUAUAAAAUUAGAGUUAAAGUUCUACAGGAAGAAAAUAAGUCACUAAAACAAGCUUCCGUUUUUAUUCAAGCAAAAGCUGAACAAGAAGAAGAAUACAUUUCCAACACCCUAUUAAAAAAAAUACAGGCUUUAAAAAAAGAAAAAGAAACUCUAGCUCAUCAUUAUGAACGAGAAGAAGAAUGUUUGACAAAUGAUUUAUCGCGUAAAUUAGAUCAGUUGCGUCAAGAAAAAUGUAAACUUGAACAAACACUUGAACAGGAACAAGAAUGUUUAGUUAACAAACUUAUGCGUAAAAUCGAAAAACUCGAAGCUGAAACCUUAGCUAAACAAACAAAUUUGGAACAAUUACGUCGUGAAAUGGUCGAAUUAGAGAACACACUAGAACAAGAACAAGAAGCUUUAGUUAAUAAACUAUGGAAGCGAAUGGACAAAUUAGAAACCGAAAAACGUUCAUUACAAAUAAAAUUAGAUCAACCAGUUUCAGAUCCCACAACUCCAAAAGAUAUUAAUAAUGCUAACGGUGAUACUGCCAGUAAUUUAAGCGCUCACAUUCAAACAUUACGCAGUGAAGUAAUACGUUUACGUGCCAAUUUGGCAGCUGCCCAAAAAGAGACAAAUGAAAAAAUGCAAAAAUUCGCCGAAGAAGAAAAAUGCAUUCGAGAAGAAAAUUUACGUCUUCAACGAAAAUUAGCUCUAGAAGUUGAACGUCGUGAAGCUUUAUGUCGUCACUUAUCGGAGUCAGAGUCGUCAUUAGAAAUGGAAGAAGAACGUUUUUAUAAUGAAAAUUUAUUAGGCGGAGGUGCUGGUGGAACUGGAGCAACUGCUGGUGCUUUAGGUACACAUCGGCAACGUACUAUAAGCAGUCCUGUACCACAUAGUCCAUCUAGUAGUCGUCCAUUGAGUCCUGGAAAUGCUAGUGUACUUGUUGGCCAGCAGAAUCGCUGUCACCACUGUGGUCAAUUAGUUGGACGCCGUACAAGUGAAAGAUUUAUUAAACCGGCCAUACCAUCAUCUGCAUUAGGUCUAAAUACCUCAGCACCAAAUGUUUUAACAUCAAAUCAGUUAUUAAGUUCCUCUGGAGUAACAUUGCCACCACAACAUAGCUCUCAACAUAGCUUAUCAUCCAUUAAUUUAGGAAGUAAUUUAAGUGGUGAACGUUUAGUUGGUGGUAAUAAUGCAACAAUUAUGAAUUCAAGUUUGAAUAAUUCAUCGUCCACAUUAAGUAGUUCCAGUAGCUUAAUGAUGAGUUCAAGUAAUUCGUCAUCAUCUAUUGCUUUUACUCCUACCAAUCAACAUCAACACCAUCAGCAACAUCAACAGCAUCAACAGCAAUUGUUUAAUGCACAACAACCAGCUAGUCCAAUGGACACUUCCACAUACAAGGAAUAAUUAUUUUCAAUUUUUUUUUUUUUUUUAAUUAAACAAAAAAGCAAACAAACGGAAGAAAAUUAUGAUUAUAUCGAAAAAUAAAAUAAAAUUCAAUGGCAAUUCAUUAAUAAUAAUAUUAUUGGAAAACAUUAAAAAAAUAAAAGGAAAGAAUAAAGUUUCAAGUCAAUUUAAUCCUAAUUAAAUUCAAGCGAUUAGUAAAAUUUAAAAAAUUUAAAAUUGAUUUUUGUUUUUAUAUUAUGCACAUACACUAUUAUUAAGAAUUUUUUUUAAAAGACUAUUUUUCAAAUUCGAUUUUAUUUUUAUGAUUAUAUUCAGUUGUCAUUGAAAGUUUUUUAUUCUGAUAAGAUAUUUUGAGAAUUACAAAUUCUUUGUUUUUCCUCCAUGUUUUUUAUUUUAAUUACAAAAUGUCAAAUUCUUUUUUAAGUUCAAGUUUUUUUUUCUAAUUUUUCUAAAUAUUAAAUAUAAUAAACUUAUACAUAAUUUUUUUCUUUUUUGAAAAUUUUAAAUCUAUCAUUAUAAAUGUAUUAAAUUUUAUUUUACAAUAUUACAUAAUAGAUAUAUUGUUUUUAUUUUUUUUAAUCAAAUAAAAUAUUUGUUUACUUAUUAAUAUUAAAUUUCAUUAUAAAGUUAAUAAUAUAAAAAUUAUGUAUGGUAA